AUGUCUAACAAACCCAUCGUCUUGGUGACUGGCGCAAAUGGCUACAUCGCCGGCAGUGUCAUUGAAGCAUUCCUCAAAGCCGGCUACGCCGUUCGUGGCACUGUUCGAUCAAAUGCUUCUGCGGAUCCUCUCGUAAAGGCUCUUUCUUCAUACGGAAAUGAUCUCGAGAUUGUUCAGGUACCAGAUAUCAUUGCUCCCGGAGCCUUUGAUACCGCUGUCAAGGUAUCAGAUGUCCAUGCAAUCGCCCAUCUAGCUGCUGGCGUGAGUCUGAGUUUCACAGACCCUGAUCCUGUUCUUGAAGUUGCUAUUCAAGGAACACUGGGUGUCUUGGAGUCUGCCCUCACUGAGCCAUCCAUCAAGUCGGUCGUCUUGAUGUCAUCUAUUGCUGCUAUUACUGGAAUCGACAAGGCGCUUCCUCAUAGAUUCACAGAGGCCGACUGGAACGAUGCUGCUUUGGCUGCCGUCAAGAAAAUGGGCAAGGAGUCACCUGGUCCUCUGAUCUACCUUGCAAGUAAGGUGGCUAGCGAGAGAUCUUUUUGGAAGUUCCGCGACGAGAGGAAGCCUUCGUUCACGAUGACUGCUCUUAAUCCUACUUUCGUUAUGGGACCACAGCCAGGUCUAGACUCGAUCUCCAAGAUUGGCGGCACGACCGCUUUCAUCUGGCAGGUGUUUUCAGGCCAAGAGAUUCCACAGCCCUUGACGCCAAACCCCAGCUACGUCGAUGUUCGAGACAUCGCCCGAGUUGCGGUGUUCAGUGUUGAUCAUCCUGAGAAGACCAACGGAGAGCGCUUUCUGUUGACAUCAGGAAUGGUUCCACCUCAGGCGGCGGCGGAUGUUCUUCGCAAGGCUUAUCCUGACAGACAAAACAUCAUCAAGGCCGGACAGCCAGGAGAGGGAUACUAUCCAGGUUACGUGUUUCCCGAGGAGAAGGUCCUUGACGCUUCCAAGACUGCCAAGCUAACGGGACAGGAGUUUUACCCAGUUGAGCAGACAAUUGUUGAUACAGCCAAGUCCCUGCAGAAAUUCCUGUAG